UGCUCGAAUGUUUACGAAGCUGUCGGGUGUGAGUGUGUCCAUCCGAUGAGACGUGUAAACAUAUUUCCACAUCUAACAUGCUUAAAACAAAAACAUUCGUGAAAAAGACCCGCAAGGGUGGAAUACUGAAGGUAGUUCGAGAGCACUACCUGCGAGAUGACAUUUGGUGUGGGAGUGAAGUCUGCGUGGAGUGCAAAGACGUGCACCCGGUGCUGGAGCAGGACCCGUGCAUGGAGAGCAACCUGUGCACCUAUCCACAUUAUCUCAUUCCAGACACAAACGUCGUUCUGCAUCAGAUUGAUAUUUUGGAGGACCGGUUGAUUAGGAACGUCAUCAUCUUGCAGACUGUUCUCCAAGAGGUACGACACAGAAGCGCGCCUGUCUACAAGAGGAUCAAAGACGUCAUCCACACCAAGGAGAAGAACUUUUACACCUUCACAAACGAGCACCACAGGGAUACUUACAUCGAGCGUGAACCGGGAGAAAGUGCCAAUGACCGAAACGAUCGAGCUAUUCGCGUGGCCGCACAGUGGUACAGCAAGCACAUACCCGACAGUGCUAAGGUCAAAGUCGUCUUGCUAACGAACGACCGCUUGAAUAAAGAGAAGGCCGAACAGGCUGGCUUGAUCGCGUUUAAAUGUGAACAGUAUAUCAAGAGUUUGUUCGCCAACCCCGAGCUUGUGGAUCGUCUGGCCUUGAGCUCCGAUGACAAGAAUGAGAUCACCAGUUCUAAGAUCUUGUUCCCGGAGCACCUCCCUAUGCAUCAGAUCCUGGCGGGGGUGAAGAGCGGGAAGUACAUCCAAGGCACCUUCCGGGCCAACCGGGACAACUACCUGGAGGGCAACGUCUUCAUCCAGGGGGAGGGGGACGAGAGCACUGAGAUCUUACUGCAGGGCCUUGCGCAACUGAACCGUGCGGUGCACCAGGAUGUGGUUGCCGUGGAGCUGUUGUCUAGAGAGCAGUGGGUGGCGCCCUCUGCUGUUGUGCUGCAGGACGACGGGCCCAAAGGAGAGGACGAUGAAGACGAGGAAGAGGAGGAGAAGAAGCUGCAGCCUAAGAAGUCGGCCCAGGCUGCUCGGAAGCCCACGGGGAGAGUAGUGGGCAUCAUCAAGAGGAACUGGAGACCCUACUGUGGCAUGCUGACAGUCUCCCUCAUCAAAGAGGCCACAAGGCACUUGUUCACGCCAGCAGACAAGCGUAUCCCUAAGAUCCGCAUCGAGACGCGCCGUGCGGAGACCCUGGCAGGACAGAGGAUCAUGGUGGCCAUCGACGGCUGGCCCAAGAACUCCAGAUACCCCAACGGCCACUUCAUGAAGGACCUGGGCAGUGCAGGUGACAAGGACACUGAGACGGAGGUUCUGCUUCUAGAACACGACGUGCCCCACCUGCCCUUCUCCCAGAACGUCCUCAGCUUCCUACCCAAGAUGCCCUGGACCAUCACGGACGACGUGAUGAAGAACAGGGUUGAUCUCCGCCAUCUAGUCGUGUGCAGUGUGGACCCUCCAGGGUGCACAGAUAUCGAUGACGCACUCCACUGCCGAGACCUGGAGAAUGGAAACCUAGAGGUUGGUGUGCACAUUGCGGAUGUCAGCCAUUUUAUCCGGCCAGGCAAUGCUCUGGACCAGGAGGCUGCCAACAGGGGAACUACUGUUUACCUGUGUGGAAUGAGAAUUGACAUGGUUCCAGAACUGUUGAGCUCCAACCUCUGUUCUCUACGUUCCAAUGUUGAGCGCCUGGCCUUCUCCUGCAUCUGGGAGAUGAACCACAACGCAGAGAUCCUCAACACCCGCUUCACCAAGAGCGUCAUCAACUCCAAGGCGUCCCUCACCUACGCGGAGGCCCAGAUGAGGAUCGAUGACGCGAGCAUGAACGAUGACAUCACCAAGAGCUUACGAGGACUCAACAAGCUGGCCAAGAUCCUCAAAGCAGGAAGGAUAGAGAACGGGGCCCUCACGCUCUCCUCUCCUGAAGUUCGCUUCCACAUGGACAGUGAAACGCACGACCCCAUCGACCUUCAAACUAAACAGCUCAUGGAGACUAACUCCAUGGUUGAGGAGUUCAUGUUGUUGGCGAACAUCUCUGUGGCCCAGAAGAUCUUUGAUGAGUUCUCAGAGUGCGCUCUGCUGAGGAAGCAUCCCUCUCCACCCACGUCCAACUACGACAUCCUACACAAGGCCGCCAAGACCAAGAACUUUGAGAUGCACACGGACUCGGCCAAGCAGCUGGCGGACUCGCUAAACGAGGCGGAGAUCGAGGGCUUCCCCUACUUCAACACCCUGCUGCGUAUCCUAGCAACACGAUGCAUGAUGCAGGCCGUUUACUUCUGUUCCGGAAUGGACUCAGACUUCAGGCACUACGGCCUGGCCACGCCCAUAUACACACACUUCACAUCGCCCAUCAGGAGGUAUUCGGACAUCAUUGUUCACCGUCUGCUGGCGGUGGCGAUCGGAGCGGACAGCACCUACCCAGCCCUCAUGGACAAGCACAAGCAGUCUGCGCUCUGCAACAACCUCAACUACAGACACAAGAUGGCGCAAUACGCACAGAGGGCCUCCGUCGCCUUCAACACACAGUUGUUCUUUAAAAAUCGAGGCAUCCUGAACGAGGAGGGCUUCAUCCUGUUCGUGAGGAAGAACGCCAUCAUCAUCCUCAUCCCCAAGUUCGGCCUGGAGGGAACCGUCUUCUUCGAGAACAAGGACAAGCCCAGUCCCAAGAUGACCUUCAACGAGGAGGUUCCUACCCUGGCGGUCGAUGGCCACACGUUUAACCUGUUUGACCCAGUGCGGGUCACCAUCAGUCUGGACGCCUCCAACAUCCAGCACCAGAAAAUCCGCAUGGCCCUGCUGGAGCCCGUGAUCCCAGGUGUCAGUGUUCCGCCACCAGACACGGAGCCAGAGGCCAAGAAGAUGAAGCUGGAUCGCUGAGAUUGAUUUGAAAGCAUAAUGCUUAGGGUAUUUUUAAAAAAUAUAUUUUGUUGUUUUUUGUUUGUUUGUUUGUUUCAUUUUUACACCUUUUCAUGAAUUUUGUGUGUUUGGAUUUUUUUUUCUAGUACACAACCAUGGCCAUGUUUUUCAAGAUUUGUUGAGCAAUUUCCCAUAAUGUAAUCCAACAAGUGUAUUAAAUGACACUUAAACAUC